CGUGCGUAUAUAAGGAGGGCGACGGCCGACAUUGGCAUCACACCACAUCCAGAGCUCACAUCGACAACCACCGGUUGAAUUUUGCAGAUCAGUUGCACACAACACAAGACGAAAACACCAAAACAGAAAUGGCUUCUUUCAAAUAUCUGAUUUUCGUCGCCUUGGUCGCCGUCAGCUUGUACUCCGUCGUCGCCGAAGAACAAACCGCCGCUGAAGCCGCCAGAGUAAAGAAACAAGCUUUCAUCGCUGCCCCAGCUUUGGCCUACUCCUCUCCAGCCUACCCGUACGCGUAUUCGGCUUACCCAUCGGCAUACCCAUCGGCUUACCCAUACUCGUACUCGUACCCGGCCGCCUACCCAACUGCUUACGCCUCUUACCCGAGCUACGCUUACGCUAACGACGACGGCAAGUACUGGCCAGGCAAAUACGAAGCAAAGACAUACUACCCAACUUACAAGUCCGCCUACCCGGUUUACCACUACUGAACACGCUCUCCCGACAACGCCUUCCAAGUCUUCCGGCAACAAACGUAGUUUUUAAGAUAAUUUUAUAAAACUUUUCUAACAAUAAAAAUGUGAUAUUUUUUUCAACAAAC